AUGUCUAAAGAAGUAGUUUUCGUCAUUGACGUCGAAAGCGGUAACCUUAGAUCUCUGCAAAAUGCUAUAGAGUAUCUUGGUUACGAGGUGGAGUUUAUCCGAGACGCUGCUGAUGAAAACUUGAAGACAGCGACGAAAUUGUUUCUUCCUGGGGUUGGAAACUAUGGACACUUUCUUAACCAGUUUUUAGCAAAAGGAUUUCUAGAACCUUUGAAAAGGUAUAUAGAUUCUGGAAGGCCUUUGAUGGGAAUAUGUGUGGGUUUGCAAGCAUUUUUUACUGGUUCCAGUGAAUCUCCUGAUACAGAAGGUUUGGGAUAUAUUCCUUUACAACUGACUAAGUUCAAUCCAAAUGAUUUGGGUGGUAAAAGCGUUCCACACAUUGGUUGGAACAGUGUCCAAAUUGAUAGAAAGAUUUUAGACAGUGGCAAGACACUUUAUGGUAUAAGUCCUCACUCCAAAUACUACUUCGUCCACUCCUAUGCUGCCAUACUUAGCGAGCCUGAAAAACAGUCCCUAGAGGCUGAUGGUUGGACUUUGUCCACCUCCAGAUAUGGUACAGAAGAGUUUGUAUCGGCCAUUGCUAAGGAUAAUCUAUUUGCUACUCAAUUUCAUCCCGAGAAAUCUGGAGCUGCCGGUCUUGCAGUUAUUAAUAGUUUUCUUAGAGGAGAGAAAUUUUCCCCUUUGAGUGCUGCAGACUUGCAAGUGGAUGAUUCUAUUGAAGUAACACCUACAGGACUGACAAGAAGAAUUAUUGCAUGUCUUGAUGUUCGUACCAAUGACUCUGGUGAUUUGGUCGUUACCAAAGGUGACCAGUACGAUGUGAGAGAGAAAAGUGAAAGCGGAGAUGUUCGUAAUUUAGGAAAGCCAGUGGAAAUGGCUGAAAAAUAUUAUCAACAAGGCGCCGAUGAAGUGACCUUCUUGAAUAUAACUUCGUUCAGAAACUCUCCCAUCAAGGACGCUCCUAUGCUGGAAGUUCUCAAAAGGGCAGCUGAAACUGUGUUUGUUCCUCUUACAGUCGGUGGUGGGAUUAAAGAUGUCGUUGAUCCCGAUGGAACCAAGGUUCCAGCAUUGAAAGUCGCCACAUUGUAUUUCAGAGCUGGUGCUGAUAAAGUUUCUAUUGGAACUGAUGCCGUGUUGGCUGCAGAGGAAUUUUAUAGGAACAACGAGAAGGGAACCGGCUUGACACCGAUUGAAACUAUCUCUGCUUCAUAUGGUGUUCAAGCUGUUGUCAUUUCUGUGGACCCAAAAAGAUUUUAUGUCGCUGAUCCCUCCAAGACACCAUACAAGACGAUAAAAACCAAAUUUCCUGGACCUAACGGAGAGAACUAUUGUUAUUACAAGGUCACUAGUCAAGGUGGAAGAAAUGUUCACGAUUUGGGAGCUUGGGAACUCUGCUAUGCUUGUGAAAAGCUGGGUGCAGGAGAAAUUCUUUGCAACUGCAUUGACAAAGACGGCUCCAACUCUGGUUAUGAUUUGGAAUUAAUAGAUUACAUCAAGUCUGCCACUAAAUUACCAGUGAUAGCGUCUUCUGGAGCAGGAAAUCCAUCCCACUUUGAGGAAGUGUUCAGGAAAACCGAGACUGACGCUGCUUUGGGAGCAGGAAUGUUUCACAGAGGAGAAUACACUGUCAAGGAAGUUAAAGAUUUUUUAACCAAGAGAGGUCUCUUAGUUAGAACUGACAAAUAG